AUUACAUGGUGUAGUUAAUCACAGUUCUUUAAGUGGCAAACAUAUAGGUUAUUUUUUGUGCCAGUCAGGAGAAAAUGGACGAGCCAUCAAACCUGGACGCAGAAGCUGGUGUAUCUCAUACAGAAGACAAUAAGAAUGGUCACUCCAAAGUGCUGCGGAGGCUGGAGACAGUUCCUGAUAUUAAGCGAGAUACUUCGGGUAUCACUACUCAAUAUAUUGCUACUGGGAUAGUAAAUCUCGGAGCCUUCGCAUCUGGAGUGUGUGUCGCCUGGUCUUCAUCUGCCUUGCCUUUGAUGAUAUCUGGACAAUUUGAGACACAACCAGCGAAUAAUGGAACCCAUACAAAAAUUUCGUUAACAGAAUCAGAAGCCUCUUGGGUAGCCUCUCUUCUCUGCUUGGGCGCAUUAUUUGGAGCUGUUCCGUCUGGUCUCAUAUCAGAAUACUUUGGGAGGAAGAAGACGCUGUUAUAUCUUGCUUUGCCCUUGGUUGUUUCGUGGAUUCUUGUGGCUUCCAGUCCAAACGUCUACGGGCUCUACGUAGGCCGCUUUGUGAGCGGCGUAGCGGUUGGCGCGUUCAGCGUAGCAAUACCGCCCUACGUAGAGGACAUAUCUGAGAAACACAUACUGCCAGCGCUCGCUAACUUCUUCCAUGUACAUUUUGCGUGUGGCAUCCUGUUUGGAUAUAUUAUUGGUAUGGUCCAGAGCACAUCGUGGCUAUCAUUCCUCUGCGCCAGUAUUCCCGUGGGCUUUUUCGUUGCGUUCCUCUUCCUCCCGGAGUCACCCGCGUAUCUCAUGUCGCAAGGCAAAUUCGGCGAGGCCAAGACCGCCUUACGGUACUUCAGGGGCAUUGAUAAUGAUAUCGACGCAGAGAUAAAGUCGCUCAAAGAAUAUAUAAGGAAUUACGGCAAGAAUAAAGUGACCUUCAGGAAGUUGUUCGGUACGAGGACUACGAUUAAAGCGUUGGUCGUGUCGUUUGGUCUGAUGAUAUUUCAACAGAUGAGCGGGAUAUAUCCUAUAUUGUUUUACGCUGAGAAGAUUUUUAAAACGUUCGCGAUUUCGUUGAACCCACCUAGUGCAGCUAUAAUUUUGGGUUUUUGUCUUGUAUCCUCUACUUAUUUCUCGACGAUGUUUCUCAAGAAGGUUAGACGGCGGGUUUUAUUACUGAUCUCGUUCACGGCAAUGGCAUUAAGUUUAGGUACGUUAGCGAUGUAUUAUCACUUGAAAGCAUCGAAUCUCUCAGCCAAUAACACUUGGGUGCCGUUAUUCACGUUAUGUAUGUUUGUAUCUGUGUAUGCGGUAGGUGUUGGACCGAUUCCCUGGUUGAUGUUACGAGAAAUUUUUGCUCCAAAUGUGAGGCGGCGUGCCACGGCCAUCACGGCUGGUUUUCAUUGGUUCUUAGCGUUUGGUGUGACAAAGUUGUACCAAAACUUGGUGCAAUUAGUGAGCCCAGGUUGGGCGCUGUGGCACUUCGCAGUUACCAGCCUAAUAGGGACUAUUUUUGUAUACUUUUUCGUACCAGAAACUCAAGGAAGAACGCUGGAGGAGAUACAAAAUGAAUUUGAUGGAAUACACAAGCGGAAACGGCAUAGACAUGUCAUAGAAGUAGAAACUGUUGUAGAACACUGAAUUUUAAGUUAAUUGAGGUAAAAGUAGUAUCAGUAUUUGAGUGAAAAAUUUGAAGUAACUAGUAGAGGUUUAUGUUCAAUGCUUUGAUAUUAAGAAAUAGUAUACGCUUAGAAUAUAUAUGAAUUAUUUAGGGGAUAUAUUUUAAGGUGUGUCAUGAUUUCGUACAAGCAAAUAAUUUAUUUAUUACUUAAGAACUAUAUCAAAAAUUACAUACGACUAUGGAGCUAUUUCAAAAAUUAUUUUUUAAUGAUAUCAUAUAAAAUAUAUGAAUAAGAUAGGAUAUACGUAUAAGUUAUACGUAAUUUUAUAGUAUGUGACUUAUUUAUUUAUUAUUUCAUAAAUAUACUUUUAAAAUUA